UUACAGCACCUGGUAUUCCCAAGCUAUCUCCCCACUAAGUCCCUAUCUCGACCAAUGGUUGAGCGCUGUUGAGCAGAAUUGAGCGCUCAACCCACCAAUCAUUGAGCGAGGAUUUUCCUCAACGGACCAAUCAGCGUCAUGUCGAACGCGAACGACGAGACAGCCAUAAUGACAGCCGUCAUUACGCUUCGGUUAAACAUGGAGAAGAAGACACACGAGUGCAGUUUGUGCAACAAGACUUUCACUGAGAAGUCUAACCUGACCAGGCAUAUGAAGCUUCAUGCUCCAAAGGAAAUUGAGUGUGAUGUGUGUGGUAAAAGCUUCACCUUCAAACAACAGCUGGACUCCCACCUGAAGCAGCAUCUGUACCCACACAUUCCUCUGUAUAGACAGGGAGAGGCCAGGCUGCUGUGUUCAGAUGCAGCUAAGAUUGUGGCAAAGGCCCCCAGCAAAGCAGUAGACCCUGGAUGGCUGGAUCCCGAAAAGGCAGAGGUGGCUGCCAAGAAAUCUGGAGGGGAAAUGUGGAAAGGGCAGUUCGUCAUCACAUUCGGCAAGUAUGCUGGACAGUCAUUCAGAUGGCUGCUUGAAAACGAUGUCGGCUGGGUGGUAUGGUUGCUCUCUGAAUAUUGCCAGAAGGGUGAGAAGAAUGAGCUUCUUAAAUGGCAAAAGGAGCGAAUGCUGGAGUUUGUUCGAGGGUUCCCUUCUGUCACAUGUCAUCUUGACAAGAGGCUGGAGGUGUAUUUUAUUUUCUGCAGAAACAGGAAUCAACAAAACAAAAGGUGGCUGAAUCUUCUGUUUCCGAGUUCCAGCAGGAACCUGGCUAUGUGAGUGAUGCUGAACUGUUGGCUGCUGCUGCUAGAGACAUUUUGGGCCUGUGACUGUAACGGGUGUGAGGGUGAACCCAAAAGCAGCACACUGGAGCCCGGAGGAAACAGCAGGUAACAGUCUUUACUAACCAGGUAACACAAUGUCUGUUGAUCUGCUGGAUCUCCUCAGCAGGAAUGCUGUUCAGCUUCUCAGGCGGCGAGGUGGCGAAGGCGCGCCGAGUCGCUGUGCGGAGGAUCAGGCUGGAAACAGACGAGGAGCAGGCAAAUCUCUUGGUCG